AAAAUAAUUAAAUUAUUUAACAAUAAAUAAAAAUAAACAAUUUAUUAAAAAUGGCAUUCAAACAAGUUUGUACUUCAUUGUUGGUAGCCGUAGCUUGUUGCAGCGUUUUAUCGAAGGCCCAACAAUUGAGUUAUUUAUCAGACAACAAUCAAAAUGGUUAUCCAUUCGGAAAUCAAGGAUCCCUUACAUAUUUAAGCGAUAAUACCGCUAACCAAGUGUACCCAAUCCAGUCAGUACCAGUUAACAAUCUCUUGGUUAACAACCUCGGAGGCUCUCAAAUUUUUGGAAGUUCUCAAAUCCAAACUAUUGGUGCAUAUCCAAAUGUAAUUAGCAAUGUUGGACUCAUUGGAAACAAUGGAUUUGGUGGUUCCAACAUCAUAAACAACGUAAACAGUGGUUUAUCAACAGUUCAAUAUCCUGGUUAUGCACAGAGUUUACCCGUUUACAAUCAAAUUGUAAGCUAUCCAAGUGCUCAACAAGUCUUACCAGUUGCUCAAUAUGUUCCACAACCAUCAAUCAUUGGAGGAUCUGUAGGAUACCCAAACAAUAACAACCAAAUUACCAAUACUCAAAGCGCUCCAGUAGAAAUCAACUUUGGAAGUCAACAACCUUGCCUUCAAAGCACCAUUAGAUCUUUACUUUAAUCUAGGAUCACUUUAAUCUAGAUUCUAGGAUAAUAUUCAAGGAAUAUUUCCUAGAAUUGCCAUGUCAUAAAACUUAGUGCACAAAUUUUUAUUUUU